GGAGGGAAGGAGGGCGGCCGCUGUCACUCGGAGCCCCAGCACCGCCCCGCCGAGCGGCUGCGGGGCGGAGGAAGCGGCGGCUGGCCGGGGAAGGCGGGCCGAGGCAGCUGGCCCCUAAUUUUAGGAUUUUUUUGAAGAGAUAGAAGAUCUAAAGAUCGCAGUACAGGAAUCUGUCAAACUGAAUAACCAGUAUGAAAAGUGCUUGAAACAAAUAACCGUUAUGUAUGGACUUCCUUUUACAGCACAUUUGUAACUACUAAUUAAUCUGAUGGCAAGGAUUUUGUACUGAUAUGAAGCCCCACUUGGUCCUCUGACAAGACCAUAUGGUUUUUACCUUGGAGGGGGGAACUUAGCCACUGGGAAAGACUCUUACGCUGAUCCUGCAAUGCUGACUUCUAGCUUGGCUGCUGUGAAGAAUCUUCCUUUGAAGAAGAGGAUCUAUUUCCUGCUGAAACUUGUGUGCUUUGUCAGCUCCGUGUUAAUGUUUUGUGAAUUUUUAAUUUAUUAUGUGGUAAUUUUUCAAUGUCGGUGGCCAGAAGUGAAAGAUGGAGCUCACACAGGUAACACAGAGACUUCAGCUUCAGUUCUGAAGGCCGUAAUUUUAGCUGAUACUCACCUGCUUGGUGAAAUCAAAGGACAUUGGCUGGAUAAACUACGAAGGGAAUGGCAAAUGGAGAGAUCUUUCCAAACUGCAUUGUGGUUACUGCAGCCAGAUAUUGUUUUUAUUCUGGGAGAUGUCUUUGAUGAAGGAAAAUGGAGCUUACCUCAGGCAUGGGCAGAUGAUGUCAGGAGAUUUCGAAAAAUGUUUAAGUAUCCUGCUUCUACAGAACUGGUGGUUAUUGCUGGAAAUCAUGACAUUGGAUUUCAUUACGAAAUGACCAUGUACAAGGUAAAUCGAUUUGAAAAAAUUUUCAACUUUACUUCAGGAAAGCUAAUAACUCGCAAAGGAAUAAACUUUGUCAUAGUGAACAGCGUAGCCAUGGAGGGUGAUGGCUGCGCUAUCUGCCGUACCUCAGAGGCAAAGCUGGUGGCGCUUUCUCACAGACUGAAUUGCUCCCGGCAGAACUGGAAUCAUUCCAACAAAAGAUGCAGUGACGUGGAAAAGCUUCCAGCUUCAGAGCCAAUCCUUUUACAGCAUUACCCUCUCUACCGGAAAAGUGAUGCUGAAUGCAGUGGAGAAGAUUCUGCCCCUCCAGAGGAGAAGAACGUCCCAUUUAAAGAAAAGUAUGAUGUGCUGUCUCAGGAAGCAUCACAAAAGCUGCUAUGGUGGUUUCGUCCCCGUUUGAUUCUCAGUGGGCACACCCACAGUGCUUGUGAAGUGCUGCAUGCGGGGAAAAUUCCUGAAAUCAGCGUCCCGUCGUUCAGUUGGAGGAAUAGAAACAAUCCUAGUUUCAUCAUGGGCAGCAUAACACCAACUGACUUCUCCCUCCAAAAAUGCUUCCUUCCAUAUGAGAGCACAGUCUUUACUAUAUACUGCGCAGCAGGUGCUCUGCUUGUAAUCCUGAUACUAGCUCAUUUUCAGCUUCUCACUCCACCAUUUUAUUUUGCUCAGCAUUUAAUCAGUAAGCAUAAAGCAGUAUGAAGAGCCAGACAUCUGCAUUCAGUCACUGAAAUACCAAAGCUGAGAACAGUCAAACAUCAGACUAUAUUCAUGCCAGCAAAUGACCUAAUUUGAUUGCUAGUCUGAAGGCAGGUUGCAUUUACACAUACCAUAGAAGUCCUAUACAGCUGAUAUGACUACUACAGGAUAAAUAAUUAACCAAAAUGAACGUCUCAUGCUGUACAAAAAUACUGUAUUCUACAAUCAAAUGAGUCCUUUUCCUGCUAUAAUUUUUGUAUCAAAUAUGUAUAUUAAAAGUUUAACUGUACAUUAUGUAAAUCCUAUAGCCUCAUCACUUAUCUGCACUAGUGUCUUACCCUGGUGGAGGCUCAGUCCUGCAAACUGGAAACGUUUCUCUGUUUUAUUGCUGCAUGGCCCUUCUAAUGUCAUACGUCUGUUUGUUAGGGUCAGGCAGAAGCUAGAUACAUCGGCACUGAGAGAUGCAGAUUUCCGUAACCUUUUUAGGAUGUCAUAUGUAAGGGACUGUAGUUUGGGACAAGAAAUCUUCCAGUUCCUGACAUAUUAAACUGUUAGCUGACUACAGUUUGCAGUUAUCGUCUACCAGACAACAACAGGAAGAAGCCUCGCAGAUCCAGUUUGCUGAUACACACCUGAAACCUGCUU